GGCCAAGGACAGACUCACUGAGCGCUAUAAAUAAAUCGCUGUGUGGAAAAUGUGUCGCAUACCGUAUUAAUCAGGACGGCUGCGCGCUCGCUCAAUCAACCUCCAAUCAGUGUGCGCCAUUUAGGGCAGCCUGUACUACUGGUUUCUGUUAUCUCGUAGUAAUGCUCUGUGUUUCCUAUUGUCUGGGUUUCACAUCCUCUUCUUGUGCCGCCCCGGGCUGCGUAUCAUCUGUUGCCGCCUAAUUGCUCGGCAUCGUGCCAGCCUGUGUUAGGACGUUAAGGCAUUGUUCUGCUAUCGUCUCUUCAGAUAAGACGCAGUGAAUAAGGUGUGGUUUAGGGUUGGUGCUUUAGCUCCGACUCCAGCCAUCGUUCCCACAAUCCGCUCAGCGGGGCGUCAGUGAGCGUCACGCGCGUCAGAGGAGCUCUGCUCUGAUGCACGCGGCAGACUGACGAGCUCAUUUCGGAGCGAGAGCCGGAUGCUGCGGUCGCCAUGGCUGUGAACGUCGCCGGGGUGGUCGUGAUGGUCCUAUUUUAUCUCCUGGUCCUCGGGACCGGAGUGUGGGCCUCCUUUAAAUCCCGACGAGAGGCGAAGAAGACGCGGGGAGACAUGACGGAGAUGACGCUGCUUGGGAACCGCGGAAUCAAUCUGGUGGUCGGCAUCUUCACCAUGACCGCUACCUGGGUGGGGGGGGGCUUCAUCGUUGGGACGGCGGAGGCGGUCUACAACCCCUCCAUGGGGCUGAUCUGGGCCGUGAUGCCUGUCACAGCCACGCUCUGCUUCCUCGUUGGGGGCGUGUUCUUCGCCGGCCCAAUGAGAGACAACCGUUACGUCACGAUGAUGGAUCCUUUCCACAUCAAGUAUGGCAGCGUUACCACGGCAACUCUGGCUGUUGCGGCGCUGGCCUCAGAGGUCAUGUGGGUCGCAGGGACCCUGAUCGGUUUGGGUGUCACCAUGUCGGUGAUCCUGGACCUGUCCUACAGCGUCAGUAUCUGGAUCAGUGCUGCCGUGGCAAUCAGCUACACACUGCUGGGAGGGCUGUACUCAGUGGCCUACACCGACGUCAUCCAGCUUGUCCUCAUCUUCAUCAGCCUGUGGCUGUGCGUCCCGUUCGCUAUGAUGAGCCCAGCUGCUGCAGACAUCACGGUGACUGCAUUCAACAACUCCUUCCAGCCCCCCUGGGUUGGCACUCUGGACUCAGGGGGGGUGUGGCUGUGGAUAGACAACUUCCUGCUGCUGGGCUUAGGUAACUUGGGUCUGCAGAACUUCCACCAGAGGACGUUGUCAGCGUCUUCAUCAGCGACCGCCAAGACCUGCUGCUUCGCCGCCGCCUUCAUCGUCCCCACUCUGGGCAUCCCCCCCAUCCUACUGGGAGCUGUGGCGGCUUCUACAGACUGGAACUUGACUGCCUAUGGUUCCCCGUCUCCCUACGAGCGUGGACAGACGGGUAUGAUCCUGCCCAUCGCCCUGAGCUACCUCACCCCCUCCUACAUCUCCAUCAUCGGCAUCGGCGCCGUGGCGGCGGCUGUGAUGUCGUCCACCGACUCGGCCUUGUUGUCCGCUGCCUCCAUCUUCUCCUCGAGCAUCUACAAGAACAUCCUGAGAACACAGGCCUCGGAUAGGGAGGUCCAGCUGGUGAUCCGGGCAUCGGUGGUGCUGGUGGGCCUGCUGGGGACGGCCCUCACCUUCCAGGACAGCAGUGUUCUGCUCAUGUGGAUGCUGAGGUCCGACCUCACCUACACCUUCAUGUUGCCCCAGCUCGUCUGCGUGCUGUUCUUCAGCAUAUCCAACGGUUACGGGGCUGUGUUGGGCUGCUUCACGGGGGUGCUGCUGAGGCUGCUGUGUGGGGAGCCCCUGCUGGGGAUUCAACCAGUCAUCCAUUUCCCAGGAUGCACUCUGGUGGACGGUGUGUAUGUUCAGUACUCCCCCAUAAGGACCAUCUGCAUGCUGUCGUCUCUGGCUGCCAUCUUGUCCUUCUCCUGGCUGUCCUCCCGGCUGUUCAAAGCCGGCCUUCUGCCUGCCUGCUGUGAUGUCUUCAACGUCCACCGCAAACAGCCACCAGGGGCCGCCAAAGUCCCGGGGGAGGACCUCAGCACCAAGGCCUUGGAGCAUGAAGCCUCCGAAGUUUCUGAACCCAUGUUAGAUUCCACAUGUUAGAGUCCACAUGUUAGAUUCCACUUGUUAGAGUCCACCUGUUAGAAUCCACAUUUGAAGGUACUCGCACGCUGCCCAAACAAACACCGAACCCCCAACUGGAGAACGCUGGCUGCUCCCCCGUCUCACUUCAGACGCUAGUUUAACUUCUAGUUAGACAAGCUCAAAUCUGGGUUAGUUAACCUCCAGUCAGAUGGGCUCUAGUCUGAGUUAGUUUAACCUCUAGUCAGACGAGCUUUAGUCUGGGUUACCUUAACCUCUAGUCGGACGAGCUCUAGUCUGGGUUAGUUUAACCUCUAGUCAGACGAGCUCUAGUCUGGGUUAUCUUAACCUCUAGUCAGACGAGCUCAAGUCUGGGUUAUCUUAACCUCUAGUCAGAAGAGCUCAAUUCUGGUUUGUUUAACCUCUAGUCACACAAGCUCAAAUCUGGGUUAGUUUAACCUCUAGUCAGACGAGCUUUAGUCUGGGUUAGUUUAACCUCUAGUCAGACGAGCUCUAGUCUGGGUUACUUUAACCUCUAGUCAGACGAACUUUAGUCUGGUGCUGUGUCUGAAAUCGCGCACUUAUGUAAGUGCAAUUCCCUACAGUACACUUAUAGGCGCAGUGCUCUCAUUUCUACAGUACACUGUCAAAACAGCCUUCGCGCACCUACCGGAAAUUAGUUUGCAGUUUGACGGUUCUUCUUCUGUGGUAUUUAUUUUUUCGGCUUGAUCAUUUUCGUUAGUCGCCUGUAUGAGCGAUCUAGCAGUAUUCACGGUAUCGUUCUUGAUACCAACUCAUUGCAGAAUUAACAACAUAAAAACAAUGUUUGGAUACAGCCCAAAACAUUGUAGUUGUACUGAAAAAAGAACCAAAUAUGUGUAAUUUAUUUACAUUUGUAGAGCACGUCGAUCUCAAAUGUUACAAUGUCCUCCAUUUUCCCAUUUGAAAUUUCCGCCCCCUCCGCUAUGUAGACAAGAUGGCGGCCGUUGAGGGUGGAAAGUGUCCAUCGGUCCACACGCAAGUUGUAGAUAGUUUUGAGUGCGCCACCGAGGUACUUCCAGUGCACUGCGUUUUGGCACACUCUGUUUUUGCUCAAAGUGCACUCAAAAAGUAAGUAAGUAUAGAAGUGAGCGAUUUCAGACACAGCAUGAGUUAGUUUAACCUCUAGUCAGACAAGCUCUAGUCUGGGUUAACGGCCAUUUCACUUUCAUUCACUUCCUAUUUGUGCCUGUAAACACUUAAUUAGCAAACACAAAGUCAGCCUAACCUCAGAAACUUUUGUGUGUGCAUAAAAGGUUUCUACUGAAGGGGAUUAUGGCCACAUUUGAUUUCUCAUUUUGAGUUUAGUUUCAACUCAGACUUAAAAGUGUUGGGGGACCAUGGAGCGUGGGGUUCCCCUCCGGUAUGUUCCUAAAUAACUCACUGGAUUCGGUUCCUUGCAGGUAGCCUAUCUGUAAUUCAGACUUUAUUCUUGACUCAAACUCAAAAAUAAAAUUCUCAUGUGGCCCUAAUCCUUACCUUGUGGAAAUGAUGAUUAGAACCCUGUGGAAGGGUCAUGCUCAGCCCUCCAUGGUGGGCCCUGGCCUCGUCUCUGAGCCGUCUCCCCGGGAUGUUCUGCUUGAUCGGAGCAGGACUUUGGACCAGAGGUUCUGCUGGAUAUUAGGACUCUGGACCAGAGGUUCUCCUCGAUUAGAGGUUCUUCUGGAUUCUGGAAGGACUCUGGAUCAGAGGUUCUGCUGGAUUCCAGGGACUCUUGACCAAAGGUUCUGCUGGAUUCCAGAGACUCUGGAUCAGAGAUUCUGCUGGAUCGUAGCAGGACUCUGGAUCAGAGGAUCUUCUGGAUUCUAGGACUCUGGACCAGAUGUUCUAAUGGAUUCUAGGACUCUGGAUCAGAGGUUCUGCUGGAUCGUAGCAGGACUCUGGAUCAGAGGAUCUUCUGGAUUCUAGGACUCUGGACCAGAUGUUCUAAUGGAUUCUAGGACUCUGGAUCAGAGGUUCUGCUGGAUUCUAGCAGGACUCUGGAUCAGUGGUUCUGCUGGAUCAGAGGUUCUUCUGGAUCAGAGCUUCUGCUGGAUCGGAGCAGGACUCUGGACCAGAUGAGCACGCCACCCCCCCCCCCCCCCCCCCCCCGUGUUUGGUACGACAGCGUGCAGUGCCUUCGCUCUACAGAUUACUUUAAACUACAUUUCAUUUUCAUUUUCUACUGGUACCUUGUUGCUUCGAAGAGGAGGACUUUUAAGGGCGUUUUUGUAUACUUUUAUAUGAAAUUGAAAUCCACGACGACAAUAGUACAACUCAUUUGUUUUGCCUGGUAACGCGAUGCCCUAAAUACUCGGGUUACCUGGUGAGAGCGACGUUCAAUAAAAAUGGAACAAUAAAUAAAAAGACAAUAAAUCAUUUUCCAUACA